CCAUGACCGGCUCCCGGCUCGGAAGAGGCCGCGGCGGCCGUCUAGCUGUCUAUGGAGGCUGUGCAAUUGUUGUAUUUCUUUUAGUAUUUUUAUACCGCGCCGCUACCACUGAAAUGACGAGGCUUAGAGAAUUACAUGUACAGUGUACACACCAGCAGGAAGCUUUAGCCGCUCAACUUCAAGUAAUAUUUGAGUAUAAAGAAAGAUUAGAAAAAUCUUUGACUGAAGAAAAAAAUUCAAACGCAGCUGCGAAACAUGAUCUCCAAGAACGUGCCAAUCGCGAGAAAUCUCUGAGAGAUAAAGACAGUAUAGAAGCCUUGCAGAGAUUUAAUUCUCUGCAGCAGGAGCAUAAACUUCUGAAGACAGAGCAUCAAGAUCUGCGUGACGAGUGCGAGAAAGUGCAUAAGCAGGCGUUGGAGGAGAGAAGCCAGCUGGAGACGACGCUGCAAAUGCUGAGGAGUCAAAUAAAGAAAGCCCAGGAGGACAAGGAACAAUCUAUGGAACACCUGAAGAACAAGUACAUGGAGCUCGAGACUGAGAAGACUAAAAUCGAGAAAAAUUAUAAUGAGUUGAUGAAAAGCAACGGGAAUACUGACAUCGGGCAACCCAGCGUUGAAAAAGAACCCAAAAAGAGACUGGCUCAGCAGCAAUCGGCCCCUUCACCCCAACAGGUAAGUCAACCGAGUAACAACGACGGUGAUAAUCCUCAACCUAUCCAAGCACCACGCAAUCAUCAACCAAUUGAUAAUUCUCUUGAGAAUAAUCAGGAUGACAAAGAUCAGAAUAUCAACAAUAUAGGAUUUAUUCAAAAGAACGGUAUGAUCGUGCCUGCUGGUGCUAAUGACAUUGAGCGUGACAACGAACAAAAAUCACUACCGUUACCUUAUGUUGUAAAAAAAAAAAAUAACAAUGACAAUGGUAAAGAUGUUAAUACCGAGCAAGUUAAAUUAAAUCGUGAAAAAAUUGAGGAGGAUAAUAAUGAUAAUAAUGACAAUAAUCCGGUAUUGCCGAUGCCAAAUCAAAUGAAUAAUAAUUAUAAUAAUAAUAAUAAUAAUAAUGGUAAAUCAUCGUCGACUGACAAUAACAUGAUACCGUUUUUAAAACCGCAAGCUAUUGAUAAACCUAUAAAUUUAGUUGUUAACGUAGCGAAAGAAUCAACUGUAGGAAGUUAUACAAAAUCAAGUACAAAUUCUUCCUCAAUAGUGUCUUCCGAUAAAUUACUCCCAAAUGCUGUCGUGGCGCCUGUUAAAUCAGCUUCACGUGGAAAAUUGCCCGUUGGCGUUCUGCCAAUACCAAAGUUAGUUGAUCAAAAAGUUGAUACCGAAGAACUUAAAAAAAUAAAUCUCAAUCGAAUUUCGCUGAGCGAGGACAACAAAAACAGCAAUAACAAUUUAAAUAUUGACGGCAAUAAUAAUUUAAACCGUAAUAAUAAUCACAACAACCACAAUGGUGUCAGACAAACAAAAAAUUCAGAAGAGGCACCCGGGAAUAUUGAGCACGACGUUGACAAGCACGUAGCUGAUCAAAUCCUCGGGAGACAAGAAAAUCCUCCUUGGUAUAGAGUUAAGCCUGGUGUUCAGGAAAUUGGAGACGAACCUAAUCAUUUGAGAAAGCUUCCUGAUGAUAUUAAUUUAGAGGAAGGCGAAGAAGAGGAAGAGGAAGAAGAAGAUGGUGACGAAGAGCCAUUCGAUUAUCAAAAUAAUGCUGGGGAUAAACACAAA